AUGGCUUCAGAACUGGAACAAUUAUGUUCUCAUGUUAAUGAAAAGAUUAGCAAUAUUAAGAAUACUCUGUCAUUAAGAAAUCUUGGCCAGGAACCUGCCUUGAAGAAUAUAUUAAGUAAAAUAGGAGCUGAAAUCAUUAUAGUAAAAGAACUUCUAAAUGAAUUUGAAUUGGAAAUCCAGUAUCAAGAACAAACCAACACUUCAUUGAAAGAGCUCUGUGAAUCUCUUGACGAAGAUUUCAAAGAUGUGGAACAUCUCAAAGACAACAUUCCUUCCCAUUUACCUCAAGUAGCAGCAACCCAGAGCUUGGUUAAUGGAUCAGAACUUAACCUUCAAGAACCAGUCAAAGUUAAAGAACCUGUACCAGUCAAGAAACCCUCAAAAGAACAAAGAAUUAUUAAAGAAAUGCCAUUUAUAACUACUGAUGAGUUCAGUGGUGUGCCUGCAUACAUGAAAUCUCGUUUAACCUAUUGUCAAAUUAAUGAUGUUAUUAAAGAAAUCAACAAGGCAGUAGCUAGUAAAUACAAGAUCAUGCAUCAACCAAAAGAAUCUAUGAAUUCUGUGAAUAGAAAUCUCUACCACAGGUUUAUUAAUGAAGAAACAAAGGACACUAAAGGUCAUUAUUUCAUAGUGGAAGCUGACAUAAAGGAGUUCACGACUUUGAAAGCUGACAAGAGUUUUCAUGUCAUCCUGAAUAUUUUGCAAUAUUGCCGGAGGUUGUCAGAGGCCGGAGGGGGAGGACUUACCCGCUAUGUCAUAACUUGA